AUGGUACAUAUACUACCACAUGAAUUCCAAGCUGGAAAUGAGAACCAAAAGGGUCAAGAAAUUGACCAAAUUCCAGUCUCUAGUGAAGACUCACAAGUUGCUGAAGGAGCCCGAGCCAGAGGAGCAUCUAAAAUCAUAGGAGUUGAUAUUAACUCUCAGAAAUUUGUCAAAGGCCAAGCAAUGGGAAUUACAGAUUUCUUUAACCCCAAGGAUCUUGACAAGCCAGUGCAUAAGAAAAUCUUGGAAAUGACGGGAAGCGGUGUUGAUUUCAGGUUUGAGAGUGUGGGGAAUUUGGACGUUCUUCGGGAGGCAUUUUUGUCUACUCAUGAUGGGUGGGGAUUAACUGUAGAAGUACUAGGAAUUCAUCCUGGCCCAAGGAUGAUUCCUCUGCAUCCAAUGGAGUCGUUCGAUGGUCGGAAAAUUGUUGGAUCGGUCUUCGGAGACUUCAAAGGGAAGACGCAACUGCCUCAUUUUGCCAAACAAUGCAUGCGUGGGGUGGUGAAUUUGGAUGAGUUCAUAACUCAUGAGCUUCCCUUUGACAAGAUAAAUGAAGCUGUACAGCUUUUGGUGGAUGGGAAAUCGCUGAGGUGCCUUCUUCACCUUUGAACAGAAACUCCAUGAUGAUGAUGACGACAACGAUGAUGAUAGGAAGUUCAAGCUUAAAGGAUGGUGGUGCUGGCUUCUAUGUCAAAAAAUGUAUUGUACAUAAUACGGAAUGUCUUCGGAAUAAUAUUUAUUAAUUAGUAAGCCUUUUUGCUAUCUGACUUAUGUAAUAGCCAUUUUUAAGUAUUCUGAAUGAAUAUUUGAACACAAGUCCGGAUGACUUUUGUUCUGCUUGCAAGGAUGUUCAAUCCAA